CAAGCCUAAAAAGUUUAGCUACAAUCCCAAACACCUCCUGCGACUCCCCCACCGUCUCCUACACCCACCCUCCAAAUCAUCCCUCGUCGUCCGAAAGAACGUGACUCGCAAAUCUCCAUUGGUAGGCACCGUACGCUCGUUCAAGCUCACACCCUCCUAUCGCGUGCUCUUGGACGAUGUGCUCAAGGGUCGCCACCUCCCCCCGCUCGGGCGCAAAGAAUUUGAAGAUUUCCUCUACUUUAAAGAAUACUCGGCCGAGAAUUUGUAUUUCUACUUUUGGUUUGCAGAUUAUGAGCGAGCAUGGACGCGCUGGGCUAACAACGCCACUCACAACGCCGAUCCGACCUCUCCAAUCCCAUCCACAGCAACAACAGCUAAAUCUACAAGAGGAGAUAAUAAUGGUGGUGGCGGUCUUGCUUCGUUCCCCAGCAAGGCUAAUCCGGGACUAGCCAUGUCGUAUGCACGAGCUAAGAAAACGUUCUUUACACCAGGCUCGCCCUGGGAACUCAACCUCCCACAAAAGACGCUCCAGCAACUCUUGCAUCCUUCAAAACCACACCCAGGACCUGUUCAACACCCACACCCCAGCGCACUCGCAGCCGUCAAAUUCGAAGUCGACACCUAUCUCAACGACAGCCUGACCAGGGCGGGCGCGAAGAAGGACAACAGCAGGGGGAACGGGCUGUCACACCUGUCCGGAGAGGCCCUGAACGGUGGAAAUGCAGGAAGGAAUCGUGCGAUCUGCGCUAUCCUCAUCGGACUCUCGAUCAUCGUCGCGGGCUUGUCCCCCAUCAUCCUCACCUCUCUCCGUUCCACCGCUACCAUCCCACACUACCCUGCUCACCCACACACUGCGAUUCCUACUCCAACCCACUACACGCACUCGUGGAAUCAGCGGUUGACAAGGUUGGCGGCUAUCCCUGGGUUGUGGUUUGGAUUUACGACGUUGAUUUGUGGACUGCACGGCGUUUGCAUUGUCAUUUUCCUGUUUGGUGAUGCGAGGCAGUUGUAUCCGUACGAGUUGCGACGGCCGGAUAUAUCAAGUCCGAUCGUGAGCGUGAAGCAGACGGUGAUGAACCCGAAUUUGUUGGCGAACGAGAAGGGCAAGGGGGAAAAGAGAAAGAGUGUGGUUGCCGGUGUUGAUACGAAUAGGGAGGAGGGGGUUACCGAGUUUGUCAAGUUGCCUUCAAAGAGUGGGAGGAGAGGAAGUCCUACAAGUCCUAUGACUGCUACCACUACCACACCCUCUUCGAAAGCUGGUUUCUUCCCGUUCAACGAACCUACGUCGUCACCUAUGCGACCGUACCAUACUCCCUCUUCCUCCUCGUCUCAUCCCACCACGGCAUACUCGUGCCCCGACUAUCCCGACUCGCCGGUUUACUUUGACUUUGACGCGAUGCCUUUACCGCCGGGCAUGAAGUUUCCACCGGGGUGGGAUCACGAGCAGUCGAGGAACAGGCAACUUGGCCUGGGUACAGUGACGACCUCCGCGUCUACUUCAGCCGGUGAUUUGGCACGGUGGAAGUCGGCAUCGUCGUUUACUUCUAUGCAGACUACCACCGAGUUACCUCGUCACUCUGCCAGGCCCCCACCUCACUCGCACGAACAAGGAGAAGGAGAGUCGAUGGAAGAUGUGGAUGUAGAGACCAAAGAGGGUGUAGAGCCCAAGUCGAGAAUGGAAAAGGCCAAGCAAAAGGUGGAAGGCUGGUGGGGGCUGGAUCCGGACCGUACGAUGCUCGCGCCGCUUACUGCGGUGAUGGACCCGGUUAUCACGCGUAUCCAGUGGGUCAUUUUCAUGCGUAGUGCGGCGGUUGCGCUCGUGUUGAGUGUUAUUGUUGCCUGUGCGAGUUUGGCCGUGCCGUAA